AUGGUGAUGAAUGUUGAUCAGUUUUGGCGACUGGAACACCCAACUGAACCCCCAGAUGAAGAUCAACCUAUCAAGUGUCCUAUCCCUCCUGGAACUAGUCCUUCUAAAGACAAUGCAGCGAAAACCCAAGAAUCAUCCUGCGAGAAUUUUAGGAGGAAAGCAAAACUCUUGGAAGUAAUUGAUCGAACAGAGAUGGUGGUGAUGGGAAGAGAACGUCCUCGCCGCGCAGUUCGCCGGAGGUAUCCCCGGGAAAACACACCGCCUGCCGGCAACCCUCUUCAACAGGCUAACCACUGUAGAGGCACACAACUAUUCCAAAACUUGGACCAUUCCAUAUAA